CCUUACUUUCCAAGUCUUAGCUAGCAGUCAUCAUCAGUUGUCAUCAAGUCGACAAUCUACUGGAAAAUCCUUUUUAUUCCUUGUCAUGUGAAGAGAAAUAAUGAAGAGAAAAUGUAGAUAAAACGUAUCGGUGCUCAUCGGCCAUUGUACAUAAAGACUACACAACAAGUUGGAAAUCGCAAAUUCAACAAUGAGUCGUUUGGAAGGAAUCAGUGUCUAACUGCAAGCGUUGCAAAGCAACCACUAACGUUAGCCUGCUAUUCAAUGGAGUGGCUGUGUUUUUUCCUCCGCGAAAUCCAGAAUGCCAGACUUUGAUGACAAAAUUUGACCACAAUGGACCGCUGCACCACCUUCACAAGCUCUUGUUGUUUUAGCACGAUGUCUGCACUCUGUCUGUGUUGUGCAAUCUUCCUCUGUCUCCUUUGCUGCACCCUGGCUGAGAAAGGGAGCAAGGGACUGCUGGUCCGAAAGCAGGAGGGAGACACUAUGACCAUCCACUGCAGCACCUCUCUGCCAGACCAAGAAAACCUGAGUGUGUACAUGCGCCUGACAAAAGAGAUUGAAGUGCUCUACUUUCACCAGGGUAAUCAAAAAUUCACCCUCCACAAGAGGUUUGAACUCAGAUUGACGCCUAAUGGAAAACUCAACAAAAUGGACAUCACCAUCACAAACCUGACCAUAGAGGACUCUGGGGUCUACUGGUGUGUGUACAGUGUUUAUAAGUCACCCAAGAAUGAGAAGACUGAGGGGGAAGGAGCUGUUUUGCUGGUGGUGAAUGAUGAGGAGUGUGACCAGAAUGAUGCGUCCUCAGGGCUAGGAAUGCCCAGGUAUCUGGUCCUGGUCUCAGCUGUCACUGCUGGCUCUGUGCUUCUCCUGAGUCUGCUCAUCCUCUUCAUCUGGGUCAUCCCCAGGUUAAAGGCAUGGCGUGCAACGAUUAGACCAACACCGGUCAGGACUAACGAUGUCUAUGAAGACAUGCGCACCACCAUCAGACGUGCACACCUCCCUCAGAUGGGUUAUUAGUGAUGUUGCACGGCAGCCAUCUUUACUUUGGGCACCACCUUCAGACAGGUUGUUACAGAUGUUGCAUGGCAGCCAUCUUUACUUUGGGCACGACCUUCAGACAGGUUGUUACUGAUGAUGCACGGCCGCCAUCUUUAAUUUGGGUCCAAAUGGAGGCUCAUGUCAGCUGACUAGGAGACAAUUAUGUCAACAUACUGCAAUACAUGAUGUCAACGAAGGACUUUGAAAGUUAUAAUCUCAGGUAGUGUUUAAUAGCAAGGGCUUGCAUCAAUGAUGUACACUUAUGUCAGUCAUUCAACCUCAAGGUAAGCUACCUAUAUACUGUAGCUACUUAAGUACACAGCAUUGUAUGUGACUGACAUCACACAACACAAUGGUUGUUCAUACAGAGGUUUUUUAUGGUCCUUGACCCUGACGCAGCAGGUAGAAUUUGAGUCUUGUAAUUACCACCACAAUUUAACUUGAAAAUAGCACUGAUUGCUGUGCAUGGAAUUUCAAUGUCUUUAGCUGUACAUUCUAUUUUUCUUUAUAGAUUGACAAUAUAUUUUUUAACCACUUUUAAAUGUUGAAUUGAUUCUCUAUUGUAUACAGUGAGGGAAAAAAGUAUUUGAUCCCCUGCUGAUUUUGUACGUUUGCCCACUGACAAAGAAAUGAUCAGUCUAUAAUUUUAAUGGUAGGUUUAUUUGAACAGUGAGAGACAGAAUAACAACCAAAAAGUCCAGAAAAACACAUGUCAAAAAUGUUAUAAAUUGAUUUGCAUUUUAAUGAGGGAAAUAAGUAUUUGACCCCCUCUCAAUCAGAAAGAUGUCUGGCUCCCAGGUGUCUUUUAUACAGGUAACGAGCUGAGAUUAGGAGCACACUCUUAAAGGGAGUGCUCCUAAUCUCAGUUUGUUACCUGUAUAAAAGACACCUGUACACCUGUAUACUGUACAUGCCCGUCUGAAGUUUGCCAAAGAACAUCUGAAUGAUUCAGAGGACAACUGGGUGAAAGUGUUGUGGUCAGAUGAGACCAAAAUGGAGCUCUUUGGCAUCAACUCAACUCGCCGUGCUUGGAGGAGGAGGAAUGUUGCCUAUGACCCCACGAACACCAUCUCCACCGUCAAACAUGGAGGUGGAAACAUUAUGCUUUGGGGGUGUUUUUCUGCUAAGGGGACAGGACAACUUCACCGCAUCAAAGGGACGAUGGACGGGGCCAUGUACCGUCAAAUUUUGGGUGAGAACCUCCUUCCCUCAGCCAGGGCAUUGAAAAUGGGUCGUGGAUGGGUAUUCCAGCAUGACAAUGACCCAAAACACACGGCCAAGGCAACAAAGGAGUGGCUCAAGAAUAAGCACAUUAAGGUCCUGGAGUGGCCUAGCCAGUCUCCAGACCUUAAUCCCAAAGAAAAUCUGUGGAGGGAGCUGAAGGUUCGAGUUGCCAAACGUCAGCCUCGAAACCUUAAUGACUCGGAGAAGAUCUGCAAAGAGGAGUGGGACAAAAUCCCUCCUGAGAUGUGUGCAAACCUGGUGGCCAACUACAAGAAACGUCUGACCUCUGUGAUUGCCAGCAAGGGUUUUGCCACCAAGUACUAAGUCAUGUUUUGCAGAGGAGUCAAAUACUUAUUUCCCUCAUUAAAAGGCCAAUCAAUUUAUAACAUUUUUGACAUGCGUUUUUCUGGAUUUUUUUGUUGUUAUUCUGUCUCCCACUGUUCAAAUAAACCUACCAUUAAAAUUAUAGACUGAUAAUUUCUUUGUCAGUGGGCAAACGUACAAAAUCAGCAGGGGAUCAAAUACUUUUUUCCCUCACUGUAUAUUUUUUUUACAUAUUUGAUGGCAUUGGGCCUACGCCUAUUUUUCAGGCACCAGGCAACUUUUACUGCUAUUUUAUUGUAAUACUUUUGCAUUCUUUAGUUUCUGUACUGAUCAUGUUGUUCCUGUAAUGAUAGUCUAUUUUUCUUAAUAAUAAAUCAGUCAUAAGACUAACA